AUGAGCAGGACUGCAGGCUGCUGCAACAGCUGUCUGCACUAUGCAUUUGAUUAUGAAACACCAAAAACGCUGCUUAUUCCAAACAUAGCAGUAGGAUGUGUGUUCAGGUUCACCCAGCUGCUGGUGGUGCUGUAUGUGGUGGGGUAUGUGUGUGUGGUACAGAAAGCCUACCAGGACACAGACUCUGUCAUCAGCAGCGUCACCACCAAAGUGAAAGGUUUCGCUUUCACAAACACAUCUGACAUGGAGCCCCGGUUUUGGGACGUGGCUGAUUAUGUUAUCCCAUCUCAGGGCGAUAAUUCAUUCUUUGUUUUAACCAACAUGGUAAUCACCCCUCGUCAAACUCAGUCUCGUUGUCCUGAGCUUCCAAACCUUUCAUCUGGUUGUAUGGAUGACUGUGACUGUAUCGAGGGGCACAGUGAUCCUCGAGGCAGUGGUAUACAGACAGGGCUGUGUGAGAACUAUUCCACGACUGCUCGGACCUGUGAAGUGCUCUCAUGGUGCCCUCUCGAAAUAGACACUAAGCUGCCAGAACGUGCACUGCUGGCUGCAGCAGAGAACUUCACUGUGCUGAUCAAAAACAGCAUAACAUACCCAAAGUUCAACUUUCACAGUAGAAACAUACUGCCUCAUAUUAACUCCUCAUACCUGAAGAGGUGUGAAUUCAAUCGUGCAACAGACCCUCACUGCCCCAUUUUCCGCCUCAAGCACAUCCUUUCAGAGGCUGGAGAGGAGUUUCAAGACAUGGCUGUGAAG